CUACUUGCCCAAACCGAUAUUGUGACAUAUUUUACUCCUCGUUUUUUUAAGAGCAGCACUAAAAGAAUAAGCAAGCAGAACCAGAAGUCUGAACAGCUGCUUUCUCAGUCAUCUCUUCCUGGUUUUCCUUCGAAUUCAUCGUAAAGUUAUGGGUAAAGACUCGAAGAAAAAGGAGCCUGCCGCAAAAGGCAAGGGAAAACAAGCCGCGGGUGCUAGUGAUGAGGGCGGUUCAAAGGAUAAGGGUGGUGGAAAAGGAGAUAAGCUUGGAACUUGCAAUUUUGUCAAAGCGAGGCAUAUAUUGUGCGAGAAACAAGGGAAAAUUAACGAGGUAUACCAAAAACUGCAAGAAGGUUGGCUUGACACUGGGGAUAAGGUCCCACCAGCUGAGUUUGGAAAGACCACACUAUCACAUUGAGGUAGUAUGCUGAGACAAUGCAAUCCGCGGAAAGGAAGGGGAAGGGGAAGGGGAAGGGGAAAAGAAAGGGUAUGCAAUUGGAGUGUCAAAAAAUCUGUGUUUUGAGCUAUAUCAAGGGAUAUCUUAUGGUUUUGACUGAUAUUUAGGCGUUAUAAUAUUGUGCGAAGGUCGGAGGAACUAAUAAAAAUGUCAACAUAACCGAUUCAUCUACUACGACGAUUAUGCUGCUGGAAUAACUGUUUUACUUGUACAACUGUGUGAUGGAUACCCUAUUGUAGACCAUGGAAAUUUACAACUAGAUUUAUCGUAAUCGAGUUGUGAUAAAUUGUGUGAUUAAUUCUGGUUUUUGUUCA